GCCCUUUCUUUUUCACUGAUCUUAUAAAUGAAUUUUUAGACAAAUGGUGGAAUUUGACAUGUUGUAGAAGGUUACUUAAUUUAUUUCAAGGUUACCGCUAUGAUUACUUUUAACCUGAUUUGAUAGUUAUAUAGAACCGUUUUUAUUAGGGAAAUAAUCUUUUGCAAAAAUAUAGGAUAAGACUGAGUAUAAUAGAUCUUUAUGGUAUGAUCCUUUUUUAAACUUCACAUAUAGCGAAAGCUUAGUGAUUGAGCUGCCUUUUUUUAUUAAGGUGGUGAAACCACUUUGGAGGAGGAACCAAGUUUAGUGUAUUUACUUUAUGAAUUUGGCUGAUGUUUGGUCUUUAUUGGCAAAGAAAGCUCUCCAUAUAAAAAGACUUUCAGAAAACAACUUCCAUUAGUCAGGCUCUGAAGUUUGCUGUGCUUGAGGCCACCAUUUGAAGCACUAAGUAUAGAGCAAUUGAAUUCAGUGAAAGGCUGAGUUACUUUGGAAUAGCCACAAGUCUGAUUAUAUACCUAACUAAGGUUAUUCAUCAAGACCUAAAAACAGCAGCAAAAAGUGUGAAUUACUGGACAGGUGUCACCACUUUGAUGCCAUUACUAGGAGGGUUUGUUGCUGAUGCAUACUUGGGCAGAUUUUGCACAGUUCUUGUUUCAACCACUGUCUAUCUCCUGGGCUUGCUUCUGUUGACAAUGUCAAGUGUGGUACCAAGCUUGAAACCUUGUGGGAGUGACAUCUGUCAAGAACCUAGAAAAAUCCAUGUAGUGAUCUUUUUCUUUGCAAUCUACUUAAUCUCCAUUGGAACAGGAGGGCACAAGCCUUCUUUGGAAAGCUUUGGUGCUGAUCAAUUUGAUGAUGAUUAUCCUAAAGAAAGAAGGAAGAAAAUGUCUUUCUUCAAUUGGUGGAGUUUUGGACUUUGCUCUGGUGUAUUACUUGGUGUUACUCUUAUUGUUUAUGUACAAGAUCAUGUUAGUUGGGGUAUAGCAGAUUUGAUCCUCACAUUAGUUAUGGCUUCUAGUUUAGUCAUCUUUUGUGUAGGCAGGCCAUUCUAUCGUUAUCGAAAAGUAACUGAAAGUCCCUUAACUACAAUGCUACAAGUUAUUGUUGCUGCAACUAGAAAAAGAAAUCUUCCACAUCCUUCAAAUCCAGCUUGUUUGCAUGAAACUCAAAAGUCAGAAGCUAAUAGAAGGAGGCUUUGUCAUACCAAAAGUCUGAAGUUCCUUGAUAAAGCUGCAGUCUUUGAUGAGACACAAGAUACAAUAGUGCAAAAGCAGAAUCCAUGGAAACUUUCUACUGUGACCAAAGUAGAGGAAUUGAAGCUACUUAUCAAUAUGACACCAAUUUGGCUAACCACUUUACCAUUUGGUAUUUGUAUAGCACAAGCUUCAACAUUUUUCAUCAAACAAGGCGUGACACUUAACCGAAAGAUCACUCACAAUUUCGAGAUUCCACCAGCUUCAAUGUAUGGCAUUGGAGCUAUUGGCAUGAUAGUAACUGUCACUAUCUACGACAAAAUCCUCGUACCUCUGCUAAGAAAGGCAACAGGAAACGAAAGAGGCAUUAGUAUUCUUCAAAGGAUUGGCAUUGGAAUGAUGUUUUCGAUUACAACUAUGAUCAUUGCAGCAUUGGUUGAACGAAAGAGACUAAGAAUUGUUGAGAAAAAUCUACUUGAGGGUUCAAUUUCAAUGAGUGUAUUUUGGUUAGCACCUCAGUUUUUUCUCGUUGGUAUAGGAGAUGGAUUCGCGCUAGUGGGAUUACAAGAGUACUUCUAUGAUCAAGUACCUGAUACAAUGAGAAGUUUAGGCAUUGCAUUUUACCUUAGCGUAGUUGGUGCUGCAAAUUUCCUAAGCAGUAUGUUGAUCACAAUUGUGGAUCAUAUUACAGAAAAAAGUGGUAAGAGUUGGUUUGGAAAAGAUCUGAAUAGCAGCAGACUGGACUAUUUCUACUUGUUGUUAGCUACUAUAACAGCAGUGAGUUUGUGCAUCUAUGUCUUUGUUGCUAGGAGCUAUUCCUACAAGAAUGUACAAAGCAGGAGAACUGCAGAUGUGGCUAAUUGCCACGAUGGCGAUGAUCGUGAAGUAAUGGCUUAGAAGUUUGAUCUAAAAUUGUGAAGUUGUGAAGCUCAGAAAGCAAAUUUACCAUGUAUUAUAUUUUCAUAACUUAGAAGCAAUAAAACUCCUUUAUUAGAAGUUUAAUCCUAGUACAUUUACUAAAUUAAUACAGUCCUCAAGCUGAGAAAGCAAAUUGUUGGUUUA